GGGAAGCUUUAGCAGGCCCUGGGCCCUCCCACUGCUAUUGUUGCAGUGAAGAUGUAGCAAACCUUUCUCUCGCCUUCCCUCCGCUUGUUUUGAAUCUUCCACCACCCCCUCCUCCCUUUCUCCCCCCUCUCUUUUUUUGGGAGCUGCUGAGCUGCUCUGACACCCUCUCCAAAGACGGGCUGGCAGAGAGGAGGGGAGGCUGCUCCAGCCAGAGUCCACCAUUUCCACCGGGGGUGCAGAAUGGGGUCUGUUUCUAACCAGCAGUUUGCAGGUGGCUGCGCCAAGGCGGGCGAGGAAGAGCCCACGGGGGACUCGCCCCGGCCGGACGAGGAGAGCCAGCCGCUCCUGCAUGGCGCCGGGAUCUGUAAGUGGUUCAACGUGCGGAUGGGCUUCGGCUUCCUCUCCAUGACCACCAAGGAAGGCAUCGCCCUCGAAAGCCCGGUGGAUGUUUUCGUGCAUCAGAGCAAGCUCCACAUGGAAGGCUUUCGCAGCCUGAAGGAAGGAGAGGCAGUCGAAUUCACCUUCAAGAAGUCGUGCAAGGGUUUGGAGUCCAUCCGAGUCACCGGCCCAGGGGGAGUGUUCUGCAUCGGCAGCGAGAGGAGACCAAAGGGGAAAAACCUCCAGAAGCGCAGGCCGAAAGGAGAUAGAUGCUACAACUGUGGCGGCCUGGAUCACCACGCCAAAGAAUGCAAGCUCCCGCCACAACCAAAGAAAUGCCACUUUUGCCAAAGCAUUGCUCACAUGGUGGCCAACUGCCCCGUCAAAACGCAGCAGUCGCCCAGUUCUCAGGGAAAGCCCGCCUACCUCCGGGAGGAGGAGGAGGACAUGCACAGCUCACCCCUUGUUCCUGAAACCAGGGAAUGAUGUUGGGAAAUCAGUAGGGAAUAUACCGGAUCAACAGGCUUCAGGGCAUCGAGUUGGCAAAAAAAGAGUGGGUGGGUGGGGGGGAAGAGUGAAUAGCCUCUGCCUCCAGGCUUAGGGAAGGCAGGCACCUAGGAAGAGAACAGCAGCUCUGAAAACGUGUAAGACUUCAGGAAAGUGAAAGCUGAAUGUUGACACAGCCUCCUCCCCUUGUUUCAGCAUGGGGAGGAGUUCUGCAAAUCCUGUCCCCAAUUGUUCAGUUCUGGGAAAUGGGGAAGCAGCUGCUCCUUUCUCAUUUUUGCUUUCUCCAGCAAUCCAAAUAAUAUUUUGAGGGUU